AUAUGGGCCGAAGACGUAGAUCGUGAUUCGGUAGGGCUAUAUAAUCAGCCGGAGAAAACUCUAGGGUUUUCCCGCUUAGCCGUUCAGUCUCUGCAUCAGCGUCUGCCCAGAGGUGCCCUUGUUCCGUCAAAGCCUCAACAAUGACGAAAAGAACCAAGAAGGCUGGGAUUGUCGGCAAAUACGGUACCAGGUAUGGUGCUAGUCUGAGGAAGCAGAUUAAGAAGAUGGAAGUCAGUCAGCACAGCAAAUACUUCUGUGAGUUCUGCGGAAAGUAUGCAGUGAAGAGGAAGGCUGUUGGGAUAUGGGGUUGCAAGGACUGCGGAAAGGUGAAAGCCGGAGGUGCCUACACAUUGAACACUGCGAGUGCGGUAACCGUUAGGAGCACAAUCCGAAGGUUGAGGGAGCAGACUGAGAGUUAAGUUAGAUUUAUAUUUUGUUUUCAUUCCGUUUUGUGUUAUACUACCUGUUUGUUAGUGUAGAGUUCUUGGAAGAAGAUUGUUCUAAGCAAUUUGUGUACCCAUUUGACUUUAUUUCAAGUUCUCACUCUGGAGCUUCUAACCUAGCUCUGCUUUGUUUUUUAGCCAUUUGAAAGUAUCCUGGAUUUUUGGGACACCUACUUUUUGAUCAGUUGGCAAAUUUUUUGUUUUCAAUUGUUAUCAGCUAUUAUCGUAA